GACAGGCAGCCACCUAAACAAGGAAGUCUGUAGGUCUGAUUCCCGUGCAGGAGUCUUACAAGAAGUCCUGUAGUUUUGAUCCCACCAUGUCAGGGAAUUCGUAUUCUGAUCGAUUGCAGGAGGAUACACCAUAUUUAACAAGUAAUGGAAGGUUGAAUGAGCACUUAGUGGAUAAAAUAGUUUUGCAGCUAAAUAGAGUUUAUCCACAAAUCCUUUCUAACAAAGAAGCAGAGCAGUUCAGGAAUCCAAAAACAUUGGUUCGAAAAAGGCUGUCUGAUUUGCUGAAGCAUCUGAAAAGUAAAGGAGAUCUGGCGUGUCAGGAGUUCUACCGAGCGCUACGGAAUAAUGCUGAUAAAAUCUAUGCCACGUUACCAAGCAGGAAAAAUAUGACUAAUAUCUCAAGUCCAGUGGAAAUAAUCAGCAACCAGGAGAAAAUAAUUUUAAAUGACCGGGGUCCUGUGUUUUUCCUGGCUUGCUUUAGUGUGGCUGCAGGGCUGGCAUUCUUGAUGUACUACAAUAACUCAGAUUUAAAACCUACAGGUGCAUCUAAAAAGGUAUUGGGAUUCAGUGCUUUUGGAUUUGGGCGACACAUUAAAAACAUUUUAAUUUCCUACCUUGAUGAAGUAUCAUUGAAUAACUGACAUCCUGUCCUGGUCUUGCAUUGACCAUUUCUUACACCAAAGAAAAUGUCCAUCGUCUGGAGCUGCUGCUUUGCCAGUUAACUUUCAUGCUGUUCCCUGUGGGACGGAUUAUAAUGUUUGGUGCGGGCUUACAGCAUGGUAUAUAGCAGAGUAUUUUAAUAAGGACCAAAGACCAUAAAAACAAGCAAUUUAUAUUUAUUUUUUUGUGGUGUGGUGUUUGAUAAGCUGAAUAUGCAUGUUUGACAAGCAGCUCUAUAUGUAUAUGAAUUAUGUAUGCACAUGUAUUAUGUUUUUACUUGCCAAAAUGGGUCAAGCUCUGUCAUUUAAGCCUCAGUUUAAUUUUUAUUGUGAUCAUGUAUAGUUUUGUAACAUUUUAUAUUUUCAGGCACUCAUUAAAACACAUAUAAACCUGACAAUUCUAGGGUUGUUUCAAUGCCAGAGUGGCCUACAGUUAUUUAGAUUUCAACACCUCUCUAUCACUCAGUUAGUGUUGCUUGGUUACUUCAGACUAGCUAAGGCCUUAGCAAAGCUCAAAUAUGGUCCAUAAUUCCCUCACUCCCUAGUCUCAAAAUACUCUAUUCACUCAAAUUCAAUCUAUCACAUACCCGCUAAACUCAUAUUACUUUUGUCAUCUCCUGAUUACAUGACCUUACUCUUAUAGUCCUCUGAGCCUCUCAAUGUGACUCAGCCCCAUAACCAUUUUUCCAUCUUAGUCACAUUACUCCAAACAGAAUCCCUUCACUCAAAUCCUGUAAUCCAAUAGGAAAGCAUUGGGAGGCUUUUGUGCAUGCGCAGCAAAACACCUUGCUACACCAAUCCGCAUCUCCUCAUAGAGAUGCAUUGAAUUUCUCUGGGGAACGUUCAGCACCUUCGUGCAGCACUAACACAGGAAGCAAAUCUAGAGGUGUAACUAGUAAGCAAUGUAAACACUGCCUUUUCUUUGAAAAGGCAGUGUGUGAAGUGCUUAGGCUGCAGGGAUAUGCUAUAGACACCAGAAACACUAAAUUAAGCUGUAUCGAUUCUCUUGACUAGAGUGCCACUUUAUCUACGUUACCCCAUCCCCAUAAUCUCCUUACCACCUAAAGCCUUACCUAUAUAGUCCUGUCACCACCACCAGCCGCAACCUCAUUACUUUUUACCUAUACACCUCUCACCAUUCCAGCCUCAACUUAUUUUUUUUACCUUCUCCUCAUAUUCCCCUGGUCUUACUAGCCUCAAUCACAGCCCAUCCACAUAAUCCCAAAAUGACUCCAUGCCCCAAUCACAUUACCACAUCUCCUAACCUCAGCCCCAAACAAAUUCCCAUUAUUCAAUCAUUUCCAGUCCCACCAAUCACACCACUCACUGGCGCACACAGUGCAACCAUGCCCCUAAUCCCAUAUAAUCACAGCCAGAUAUUACCCUCAUCUCAUAAUCAUAUCAAUGCCAACCAGGUAGUGUAUUUAAACUCCUUCAGUCAUAUCAAUCUCCGCUAGAGAUUGCCCUCUAUCCCCCAGUUUCAUCAGUUUGUUUUCUGCCAAAUAGUCCCCUAAUUUCUGCCCAUUUCUGAUGGUCUACUGAUGCAAAUUGCUGAAGUUCUUUAGACCUGCUUGCCACCUCACUAGGCCUCUUGUGUCUCCUACAUCUAAGGAGGGAGGUAAUGCCAAUGCACAGACAGUGCUUUGGAAAGGCCCACUGAGACUUGUCCAUCAGCAUUAGUAUUACAAGGCAACGCCCCAACAAGAACAAGGCUUUAGGGAGUCACCUAUUUGACCCAUUACUGGCGCCACCUCUUAUGGUUUUGAUGUGCUGAGUGAUGUUGUAUAGCAGUACCGUGAUGUAGCUCACUCACCAAAGUGUUUGGUAGUUUGUCAGCAUCCAGAGCUGCAAAGGGAAUAUUCCAGAAAAAUAUGUAACUUUUAUUAUAUGUAUGCUCUGUUUUACUAACUACAUAGCUGCUAGUUAAAAAAAGAAAAGAAAAAGCACAUGGUUUCAUUUUAAAAGAUGUAAUUGCUGGUGCCCUUUGAAGUGUAGUGUACUGUAAGUGUUGGCAGCUAAAAACAGGCCAUUUUAGUGUACCAAAGAUGGCUACUAUAUUAUAAGUUGACGUGGUUUUAUUUCUUUAACGAUGUAAACUCCCCUGCCCUCCAUUGCCAGCUAUUGUAUUUCCAGUUGGUGAAAUAGUGCUUAAAUACUAUUUUGUUCAUUGAAAAUUAUUUUACAUUUAGUUUUGUUUUUCAUUUUCACCUUUAUCUGUAACAAUUGUUUUUGAAAUGCCUCAGGACAAAAUCUGUUUUCCUGUUUUGGAAUACACUGGGAAAUUGAGUAAGAUCAUUCCAGAGCAGGAGAUUCAGAAUAGAAUUUUGUUUAUUUAAGCUCUUUGUGGGCGAUGUUUAUUGUAAUAGAAUAAAUAUUUGUGUGUGUUAAGGACAGAUCAUGUUUUCAAAAAAAAACCAUAUUGCACUAUGGGUAACAUCAUGCGUGCCUUUAUUUUCUGUAAUGCACAGUUUUACUGACACCAGGCAUUACAAGGGACCCCAAUCUCACAGCAGCACUAGAACAUACAUGUUCCAGUCAGCCAAUGAUUAGAGAGAAUACACUUUUUACAGAUGGACCCAUUUUAGGAAGCUGAAGAGGCAGAAAUGAGAUUGUUUCUCCAUUUCCUCUAUUGACUGUAGGGGCUGAUUUAUGGGUGGCACCUAUAACUUCCAAUUUUAAACAGUGUGUAACUUAUUGCCACGGGUGCCUUAUUAAUAGUGUUAAAAGAGCACUAUAAAUUACUACACUGUGUUAAGGUGUAAAUGAAUGUUUAACGGAAGCAAUAUAUGUGCACAGAAGUGAAAAGUAUUCAGGCUUAGACCUGCCAGAAGUAUAGCUUUCGGCAGGCAAGACAUAUUAAUGCUCAUAAUCCAUUAAUGAGUAUAGACACAAAGAAAUAAGUCCUGCUCUCAAACACCCAUUUUUCGUGGGUGGCUGCAAUGUCUAUAGUAUGCAGCAGCCCAAAACCAAAAAAAGGUUACCUGCUCACAAUACCAAAUCACAUUUAAAUAACUGUUUAAAUAAUUGUUACACACUUGAAAACUGAUGUCUAUAGGAAAAAAGAAACGUUUUAUAUAUCUGUACAUUUUAAUAGUCCAUUUCAGCAACGUGGUAAGGAAAUCAUUGAAUAUGUUUAUGCAGAAAUAUUAAAGCUUAUAAACUAUAUUUUUAUAAUGUAAAAGGUAAGAGAGUAAUGGUUUGCUUCCAUUUUUAUAAUGCUAUUCUGGAUCUCACCGUCCAAUUGCUAAUAUUUUAGUCAGCUUCUGGCUAUUUUUGUUUAUGAACUGCCAAUGGAACAAGCAUAGGAUACUAAUCUUUAAAACUUGUAAUCUUGUUUCCUAUAGUAAUAAUGGACAGUCUAUAUUAUUCUCCUUUUAGAAUAUUAGAAGUUUUGCAAAAAAAAAAAAUUGUACUUGCACAAAUAUGGAAGAUUACUGUAAUAAUUUAAUUGUAUUUGAGCUUCCGUUAAUGUCU